UACACAAGUGAUCAAUUCUGCUCCGUGGGGAAGAGGCCGGGAACAUGGCAGAUGCCCAAUAAACAAGAAUAUCAACUCCAUACUCACCCUGUCACUCAGGCAGAAGGCCGAGUGUAGGAAGACCCUUCCUGUCCUGUGAAACCCAAGGACGACAAUGAAUGAGGUGAAAGAGACCCUCCGAAGCAUCGAGCAGAAAUACAAGCUCUUCCAGCAACAACAGUUCACCUUCAUUGCAGCUCUAGAGCACUGCAGGGAGAAUGCUCACGACAAAAUCCGGCCUAUCUCCAGUAUCGGACAGGUGCAGAGCUACAUGGAACACUACUGUAACAACUCUACAGACCGGAGAAUCCUGGUCAUGUUCCUGGACAUCUGCUCGGAACUCAACAAGCUCUGCCAGUACUUUGAGGCCCUGCACUCGGGCACUCCUGUCACCAACAGCCUUCUGGAGAAAUGCAAAACCCUGGUUAGCCAAAGCAAUGACCUGAGCAGCCUCAGAGCAAAGUACCCACACGAUGUAGUAAACCACCUCAGCUGUGAUGAAGCCAGGAACCACUAUGGAGGCGUGGUCAGCCUCAUCCCUUUAGUCCUGGAUUUAAUGAAAGAGUGGAUUGCUCAUUCCGAGAAGCUGCCUCGCAAAGUGCUUCAGCAUGUGAGUGAGGUCCUGGGUAGCCAGGGAGCCGCCGCAGCAGCCACUACCAGACCUGCCCAGCACUGGUUAGGAAAACACAAGUAUAGGCAGCUUGAAAAUGAGAGCUCCAACUCUAGGGAGAAAGGCAAAGGCCGGAAGCCUCCCUGGAAACCACCUGGUGGGAAACUGUAACUCACUGUCAACGUACUUGGCUUCGGUGGCCAAUACACAAUUGAGAAUCUCUCUCUUGCUUUUCACUUCUAACAUUUCGGCCUCUUAACCUCCGUGUUGAUGAAAAGGAUCCUUACUCAUGGAGCUGCCCAAACAAUAUGGUGUGGGUAGGGCAUGUCCCAGAGGAAGGGUGCUAUGCUGAUGCCCAGGCCUCCUGCCCAUGCUGUGGCCUCUGGCUCUGUAUUGACCAACUGGAGGGGGGCCCACUUAGCUCCUUGUCUUGACAGGGGCAAGAUGGAAAUGAGCUGCAGGGUCUGUCAUGAACAAGUUAGGGGGAAGGGACCAGGAGGCUGAACUCAACUGUGUUCAGUUCCUUGGACCAAAACAAGGGAUGGAUGGUCUUCUUAGUUGGGAGAGGGAAGAGCAUGGCAGACCGCAGAACUGUUCAGUGGCUCCUGAGCAGGACAAUGGUCUAGUCUCUGCAGCAGUCUAGUCUGUCCACAAUGUAGAUGUAUACUCCUGGCUUCUUGGCUGCCAGAAGUGAGCUCUGACUUUUGGUUUUUCCCUUCACAGGGGACGACUUAGCUUCUGUAUUGUUGCUUCCUCAGGGGGAGACAUUCAAGAAUAAAGUGUUCUACCAUU